AUGUCUUGUUCUCUUCCUCUGUUCACUCUCUUCAUCCUCUUCUCCCUCGUUUGCUGUCCUGUUAUCCCCUUUGUCAGUUCUGUUUCCUUCAAUGUAAGCAGCUUCGGCACGAAUCUAAGCGACAUACAUUACCAAGGAGUUGCAAAGAUUGUGUCUGGAUCCGUUGUUCUCACGGAAGGCUUCUAUCCCAUCUGUCAAGGAGGCCUGGUGCAGUAUUCCAAGCCCGUUGAUAUAUGGGAUCCUGUUACGAGGAAACAGGCAGAUUUCUCUACUCGUUUCUCUUUCACCUGUGAUGUUUUCAACUCCACUCAAUAUAGUGAUGGCGUGGCCUUCUUUCUUGCUCCUGUUGGCUUCGUAAUCCCCCCUAAAUCGGCUGGUAGAUACAUAGGACUCUUCAAUGGGAGCACGUAUGAUUCUGGGCCCCAGAACCAAAUUGUGGCCGUCGAGUUCGAUAGUUAUGUGAACCCAGAAUUUGAUCCUGCGACGCAACACGUAGGAAUCGACAGAAACUCGCUCUCAUCACUCGUUACUGCCCGUUGGGAUGCCGUCUCACACAACGCUAGUGUUACUCAUGUUUUGGUGACCUAUAAUUCCACUAGCCAGAAUCUUACUGUGUCCUGGUCGUUUGAUGGUGAGCCAGUUUCUCUGCAUAAGCAAGAGUCAUCGCUUUCUUGCGCGAUUAAUCUUGCCCAAGUUCUUCCUUCAUCAGUAGCAAUUGGAAUCUCAGCUGCAACAGGCCUAUAUCCAACGAGACACAGCAUCAACUCAUGGGAAUUUACUUCAAACUUGGACGUCGUGCAUCCCCCAUCGUUGCAUACAUCAAGAAAGGAGGUAAACUCUAAGAUGUAUAAGAUGAUAACAUUCAUCACUGUUCCCAUAGCAUGUCUCUUGCUGGUUAUUUCAGCAGGGUCUUGCUUAUUCGUGAUCAAGAAGAGGAAAAAAUACGAGUUUCGACCUCUGACUGGCAUGGACAAAGAGAUAGUACCAUUGCCGGUGAAAUUCUCUUAUCAAGAGUUGCUUGUUGCUACAAAUGGCUUCGCAAGUGAUCGACGACUAGGCCAAGGAGGGUCCAGCCAAGUUUAUAAAGGAUUUUUGAACCGUUUAGACCGCCUAGUCGCCGUCAAAAGAAUCUUUGCAAAAUCCAAACAUUCAGAGGAGGUCUUCACCAACGAAGUCAAGAUACUAAGCCGCAUGAUACACCGAAAUCUGGUGCAAUUCAUUGGAUGGUGCCGAGAGGAAGGCGAGUUUUUGCUUGUUUAUGAAUAUAUGCCUAAUGGUAGCCUCGACAAUCAUCUCUUUGGAACUCGAAAAAGUCUUCCAUGGGAUGUGAGGUACAAGAUCGCUUCAGGGCUUGCGCUAGCCCUCAACUAUCUUCAUGAAGAUCUAGAGCAGUGUGUUCUCCAUAGAGAUAUAAAAGCAGCAAACAUAUUACUCGACACGAACUUCAACACUAAGCUCGGAGACUUUGGAGUGGCUAAGCUUGUUGACCCCCGGUUCAGGACACAAACGACGGACGUGGUAGGGACGUAUGGUUACCUGGCGCCAGAAUACUUGAGUGAUGGUAAGGUUACUAAAGAAUCCGACAUGUUCAGCUUCGGGGUCGUGGCUCUAGAAAUCGCAUGCGGAAGGAGGACCUUUCGGGAAGGAGAAUUUUACGUUUCGCUACGCAAGUGGGUUUGGCAGCUUUACCUUGCUGGAAACAUGCUUGAAGCAGCGGACGAGACAUUGGGUUCGAGUUUCGACAGAAAGGAAAUGGAAUGCUUGAUGAUGCUGGGACUGUGGUGCGUCCAUCCAGACCCGAAGAGAAGACCGAAAGCAGGAAAAGUUAUCAGAUAUCUUCAGCAAGAAGCCUCAGUGCCCGAUCUUCCACCUGGCACAUUCGAGCCUCCCACUUCAUAUCAGCCAUCAGCAAAAGGAGCAGUAUCGUCUUCUACUGAAGAAUUCAGUUCCUUUUCAGCAAGAUAG